AUGACCAAAGACAUCGUCUGGAAAGCCAUCCGCCUCUCUCCAAAGGAACUCUCGGUUGCCAGAGUUUUGCGCUGCGGACAAGCGUUCCGCUGGAAAUACGUGGACGACAUAUGGUCCUGUACGAUCCAGAACAGAGUGCUGCUUCUGAAACAGGACGACACGUUCCUCCACUACGCAUCUAUCCCGCACUUGAAGGACACCGAGGAGGUGGUCUUGGACUACUUCAACCUGUCUAUCAGGCUCGAAGAGCUGUACCUUGACUGGGCUUCCAAAGAUAAGCAUUUUACGAAAAACUCUGCAAAUUUUGCCGGAAUACGCAUGCUCAGACAAGAUCCGUGGGAGAAUCUUGUGUCGUUUAUCUGCUCAACCAAUAACAACGUGAAACGGAUCUCGAAAAUGUGCGAAAAUUUGUGUAUUCACUAUGGCGAGUUUUUGGUUGAGUAUCAGGGGAUCAAACACUACAAAUUCCCUGAACCGGAGCGUUUGGCCCAGCCAAAUGUUGAGGCUGAACUGCGUGCGCUUGGAUUUGGGUAUCGGGCAAAAUUCAUUCAUCAAACCGCCAAAAUGCUUACCGAGAAAGACGAGUUUGCGAAACUGUACUCGAUGAGAACGGAACCCCAUAAAACGUGCCACGACUAUCUCCAGACGUUCAUGGGCGUCGGCCCUAAAGUUGCUGACUGUGUGUGUUUGAUGUCGUUGGAUAAGCACGACGUCGUUCCUGUCGACACUCAUGUUUUCAAGAUUGCUACCAAAACGUACCGCAUGCCAGGAAAACUACUAAAUAAAGAGCUUUACGCGCAAAUCCAAGACAAAUUCAAGCAACUAUGGGGUGAGUACGCUGGCUGGGCUCACUCGGUGCUUUUUGCUGCUGAUCUGCGGGAUCUGAACAACGGGAUCAAUAUAAAAACGGAAAAAUAG